AUGGUUUCCUUCACCAAGGCCGUCGCCGUCCUGUCUUUCGUCGUGCAAUACGCUGUUGCCUUCAGCGGAGACCUCACUUACUACACCCCCGGCCUCGGAUCUUGUGGCCAGACAAACUCGGAAACGGACAUGAUCGUUGCGCUAUCGCCUGUCCAGUUCACCACGGAUUCUCAGGCAUGUGGUAAGAAGAUCCAGAUUCACAUGGGCAACGCAACCACAAUCGCCACCAUCGUCGACAAGUGCCCCGGCUGCAGCGAUAACUCCAUCGACGUCUCGCCUGCCGUCUUCAAGUCCCUCGCACCUCUGACCGUCGGCCGUGCCAAGAUCGAGUGGGACUACGCCACGUAA